GAGGGAGGAGGGCCGAGGAUAACCGCCCCCGCCCCACCUGCCCCGGCAUGCUCUUAUAAGGCGGUGGCGGUGGCAGCCACGCUGCGAUCCCAGCCCACCUUGGCCAUGAGCAGCGCGGCCCGCCCGGACCCAGCGGAGGCACCCGAGGAGCGGCGUUUUCUCAGGCCCUCGGGGCAGAUCCUGUCCAGGGACUGGCUGAUGUCCAGAUUGAGCCUGCAGACCCAGCACAUCCUAGGCAGAAGGAAGAAGCUGGAGCUGAGAUUUCAUCUGGAAUGAGGGGGGCAGUUAUGUGGAGUCUCAGAUGCCAGCUGAGGGGUGAUGGGAGCCGCGGGGUGGGUAGGAGUGGAACAUGGCAAGCAAGCGGAGAAGAAACAAGGAGGUAAGAGACAUAAUGGGUGUGUAGGUGUGGUGAGGAAUUUGAAUAGUCUCUGAAUAUUGGGGAGUCAUAAGUAGGUUUGAGACGUGGUGAUGUCAUCUGGCAUUCAAGUUUCGAAGCCCCCAUGGCUCUUGUUUUGAGGACUUUGGGGGCCACAAGACUGCCGUGGGCAGCCAGAUGAGCACUGGCAGUGGGCUGGUGGGCAGAGGCCUGACGGGGGAGAAGCAGAUGGAGCCAAGGGAGCAGGGAAAGGCCUACCGUGGGUGCCCUGGCCUCGGCCUCCCCUCCACAAGGGCUCACUCCUGGAAGUGUUUUGGGGGUGUCAGGGCCAGUUCCUUUGAAAGCAGGCCACUUCAGCCCUUCUGCUUGUGGGGAAAUCCUGGUCCUCAGCUCCUCGCAUCUGGGAGCUGAAUUUGGGAGGAACAAGAGGCAUUGCUCAUAACUGAGCCACCUGCCCUGCCCUGUUUCUGUCCCUUACUAGCCCUCAUUCCCACUCAUACCUGACCCAGAGCUGCCAAUGUCCCCACUCCCAGGCUCCUGGCCUGAACCAUACUCUGCCCAGGGAGUCCCGCUUAUCACUCUAAUGACCAGUUAGGCAGGGAGAUAAUGUUCCAAGUGGCCGCCUGAAGCCAAAGCUUGGGACAGAGGAAGAUAAUGAGGAAUGGGUGGCCCUCCCACACUCCUCUUCCCCCUGCCCUCCUGUGGGGACAACAGCCAGAGCUGUCACAAGGUGAAGGUGGAGAAGUGAACCACAUUCCCAAACACCUUCUCCAUGUUCUUUCCUGGGACCUGGGUGGCCUGCUCAGAGGGGUGCUCCUCAUCUGUCCCACUGUUAGCGCCUUUUCUCCAACUGGGCCUUCAGCCUUAUUCGAAGUCAGCUGGGGUUGAAUCUGCCUCUGGUUGCUGGGGUGGUUGAGGGCAUGCAGGCUCCCUGCCCUAAGCCUCCAUCCGUCUCCCCCGUCUACGUGGACCCCCAAAGCGUCUUUCUGACCCAGCUUCUGUUUUGUUUGCUCCACUCCAGCCACACUGGCCUCACUUCUGUCCCUUGACUCUUGACUCUGCCAAGCUCAUUCCCACCACAGGGGCUUGGCCCUCCCUGUUCUUACCACGUGGAUCAUCUCCCAUAGUGCUCCAGGCCAGCUCUUCCAUGAAGUCCUCCCUGAUUCCCGAUCCCACAGCAGUCCUUACUUAUGCCCCUCCUCCUGCCUGGCCUGACCACACUGCAAAAUUGGCCAGAAGGUUGUGGUCUCCUCACAGAACUGAUGGAAGGAACCUAAAGGUUCAUCCUAAGAAACCUGUGCUGUCUGUAGGUCUGCCCCUGCCUCUUUGCUCACACCUUGUCCGUGGCUCUGGAGACACUAGACACCAAGGGUAGAAGUCUUGGUUUUCCCACUUGUUUCCUAGGUGACCCUGGGCAAGUGCCUUGGCUUCUCAGAGUGCCUAGAUGUUCUUCCAGUUCUUCUAGGCCUGGCCCUCCUCCUCCUCCUCCCACCACCACUGUACUCUCUGGGGUCACCUGAGGGUAGGUCCUCUUCCCCAGUGGGAAGGAGUCCUGCCUAGGGGAAGCUGGGCCAUAAACCUGCCCCUUUGCCUCAACCCCUGAUUCUGGAGUGGGGAACUUUUCCAGCCUUCAAUGCCAGCUUUCCCUCUCUGCAGCCACUAAGCCCAGGCCGCUUGGAAGGCCCCCAAGCCAAGGCCAGCUUGGUCCCUGCUCUUAAUAGGACCCCACACUUAGUUUAAUGCUGUUGUCAUUAUCUCAAAAUUCUUAAAUCUUAAAUGACGGGCCCCAUCUUUGCAUUUUGAAAUGCACCUUGAAAACUAUCCAGCCUAUCCUUCCCGCCUUCACGUUUGCAAAAGAGGAAGCGAAAUUCAGAUGGAUCAGAGCCCAGUCACUCAGGGACUUGAUGGCAGACCUUCACCUCAGACGACGUCUCUCCCCACUCUGUCCCCUAGCACUGCGGAGGCGGCAGCCCUGGAGCGGGAGCUGCUGGAAGAUUAUCGCUUUGGGCGGCAGCAGCUGGUGGAGUUGUGUGGCCAUGCCAGUGCUGUGGCUGUGACCAAGGUGUUCCCCUUGCCUACUCUCUCUCGGAAGCAGAGGACAGUGCUGGUCGUGUGUGGCCCGGAGCAGAACGGGGCGGUGGGGCUGGUCUGUGCCCGGCACCUGCGGGUGUUUGAGUAUGAACCAACCAUCUUCUACCCUACACGCUCACCAGACCUGCUGCACCGGGACCUGACUACCCAGUGUGAGAAGAUGGACAUCCCCUUCCUGUCCUAUUUGCCCACAGAGGUCCAGCUCAUCAACGAUGCCUAUGGGCUGGUGGUGGAUGCCGUGCUGGGCCCUGGCGUGGAGCCGGGAGAGAUCGGAGGCCCCUGCACUCGUGCGCUGGCCACACUCAAGCUGCUGUCCAUCCCCCUUGUGAGCCUGGACAUUCCUUCAGGCAUGCCAGGCUGGGACGCGGAGACCGGCGGCGGCGACGCCGAGGACGGGCUCCGACCGGACGUGCUGGUAUCGCUCGCUGCGCCCAAGCGCUGCGCCGGCCGCUUCUCCGGCCGCCACCACUUCGUGGCCGGCAGAUUCGUGCCCGACGACGUGCGCCGCAAGUUCGCUCUACGCCUGCCAGGCUACACGGGCACCGACUGCGUCGCGGCGCUGUGACCGCCACCCGCGUCCUCGCGGCACGGACCCACGCCAAUAAACAGACGUCCCCCCACC